AUGACAUCACCGGGAGAUGCUGCCCCGGUUAAACCUCCGCCGUCCUUCUCCCCCGGCGUUGCGCGUGGCGCUUCCAAGUCGCGAUACCCGGAGCAGCACGAGUCCACUGUAUCGUUAGACACGGAGCUGGCAGAGUCUCGGACGGGGUCCUCUCCCACUCCGCCUCUGUCAGCCACGAGCUCCGAGCUUCCUAUACGCACCGACUCCCACUCGUUGAGAUCCUCCACCCCGCAAUUAGCCAGGUCGUCGCUCGGUUCGCCCUUGGAUGGUCAGGUGGAUGGCUCGGACGACCUCAGAUCAGUAAUCACUCGGUCUUUCUCACCCACAAUUGCGGUGUAUGCCUCCGAUGAUACCGAUGAAUUGGUGCGCAAUAAGGGGUUCAAGGGCGGAUUCUGGGAGCUGAUCCGCCCCUUUGGAGAAACCGUCCCGGGUAAAGUGGUCAUUCGGGAUAGCGUCGGGGCGAGUCGUGCCUGGGAAGAUUAUGGGGUGCGAUUUGUGGAUCUCAAAGGGUUUGGCCGGGCUCCCCUUGGUCGACAUGCGCGAGAUUCACCGUUGACGCAGAUGGAGGAGGUGCUGGAGAAGCACUUGGAGUCUUCGGAUAUCUCGUUGGCCGCGUCGAUUCGGCCCAAAGAUGCACUAGGGCUGCCGGCAAUGUCCCCAUUGUGCAAACUGCUCUUCCGACAACUUCUAUCGGCUACACCUCCCGCGCCGCACGAGACGUUUGGCCAUCCUGUGGCUAGUGUCAUUGCCAUCAGCUCGCGCAAUACAGCACCCUUGGAGACAUUGAGACAGCUCUACGCCGGGAGCAGUACCGGUGACCAGCGGCUACCUGAUUGGGUUCAUCAAGAGUAUCUGCGAUAUUACGUCUUGGUCCAUGAUGAAGAACGAGAUGAUUUUGCCGAGUCUACAAAACUCUACGAUCAGAUGAAGCGGCAUUUUGGUCUCCACUGCCACCUCUUGAGACUUCGGAGCAGCCAAUGUGUAGUGACAGACGAUGAUAGCAUCCAAGUACCCCAGUCCGAAUGGCUAUCACCUCUGGAGCGCCUAUCGGGGGCAGGAGAAGCAGAUAUCUUAGUGGAUCUGGACACGGAUGGGACCCGGUAUCUGUUCGACUCCGAUGCCACCGCAAUUCGGACUUUCGUUCGCGAGCUAGUGGCGCAAUCGGUGAUCCCCUUCAUGGAGAACCGCGUGGCCGUCUGGAACGAUCAAGUGGCAUCUCGAAGGCGCGGGAUCAGUGGGCGGUUCAUGUCCAUGUCGCGGCGCUGGGCCGGGUUUGGGUCAAGUUCGCGCUCUAGCAUGACCGGCUCGUCCAGCGGCAGCAGUGGGAACUACAAUUCUGCACACAAUUUCUAUCAGCCCGACUCACCAGAGGCUAUCUUGCGAAAGAUGGCCGAUUUUGCGUUUAUGCUUCGCGACUGGAAGUUGUCUACAUCGACGUACGAGAUCGUCCGUUCGGAUUUUGGCAAUGACAAGGCAUGGAAGUACCAUGCCGGUGCACAUGAGAUGUGCGCAGUGAGCAUGCUCUUGAACCCCCUGGCCAUGUCGUCCAAGAUCAAGCUCGAGAACGUCGACCAGAUGUUCGAAACCGCUUGCUACUCCUACCUAACGCGGUGCGACGACGCCCUACAUGCCCUCCGAUGUCUCACGCUGGCUGUCGAGCUUCUCAAGUCUCGGGGUGGCUCCGCCACCGAGAGCGCUGCCAAAUGGGCCAUGCGGGUCGUGGACUUUGGUCUGGUCGGCUCGGUGGGCCAGAUUCUCUUCAGCGAACGGAUAUCCGCCUGCUACGCGUCCAAGGUUCCCGCCAGCGGCGCCAAAUGGGGAGCACGACGCAGGAAAGCUGGGAUGUGGAGCAUUCUCGCCGCUGACCAGUGGCUCAAGGCCGGCAAACCCACGCUGGCAUCUGCGAGUCUGGAAGAAGCCGAACGCCUCUACGCCGAUGUUCUCGAGAACGAUGGCAUCUUCCCGAUGCCCGAGAUGCAGAGCUUUGUCGAUGAGCUCCGUCACGCCGUGAAAAUGGAAUACCUAGGGUCACGAGGGUUUGAUAAUACUCAAGAUGAGCCCGGCAGCGCCAUAGAAACCCUGGGAGGCCUGGAGGAAACCAGCGAGAGGCUCGUCAAGCGCAACCACCGCCGCUCACUCAUCGGUCUGCCUACCCAGCUGGAUACCGGGGCGCUGAACUUGGCCCAGGGGGCUAGGGAUGCCGAAAACCCGCCGAAUGACGACUUUGAACGAGCAUAG